GGAAAAAGAAAGAAAAGAGCAGCGUCUGUGGCUGUGCCGGUCGAGCAAGCCAGCUUUCUAGCUAACGCACAUCCAAAGCACAUGCCAUGAGCCGGGGUUGAAGCCGCACAAAGCUGUGGGGGGAAAAACAGUGCGAGAGAAAUCCGAUGAGAGGAACGGCUCGGAGAGAGUGAGCUGCCGUAGAUUGUCCAAAGGGGCAGCGUUUCUCCUAGUUCCGGUUUGUCUGCCUGUGCGCGCUGUGCGAGUUGGGACCCUAAACAAAAGGCUGCCAUCAUCCUAAAGGAGAUAUUCUGCUGCGAGAGAGCGCCGUCUGCUUGAUGCUAACUAAACAUGAGCUCCUAUUUUGUUAACCCUCUUUUUUCCAAGUACAAAGGCGGCGAGUCACUGGAGCCAACUUACUACGACUGCAGGUUUCCACAAAGCGUCGCCCGCAGCCACACGCUGGUUUACGGACCCGGAGCAGCCGCACCGGGCUUUCAGCACCCGUCCCAUCAUGUGCAGGACUUUUUCCACCACGGCACCACGGGGAUCUCCAACCCCGGAUACCAGCAGAACCCUUGCGCUUUGGCUUGCCACGGAGACGCAACGAAAUUUUAUGGAUAUGAAGCCCUUCCGAGGCAAACGCUUUAUGGUACCCAGCAAGACGCAAGCCUAGCGCAAUACCCAGACUGUAAAUCGUCGAGCAGCUCUAACCCCGGAGAAGGACAAGGCCACUUAAAUCAAAACUCCUCUCCCAGUCUUAUGUUUCCAUGGAUGAGACCCCACGCCCCAGGCAGACGGAAUGGGAGGCAAACCUACAGUCGCUACCAAACUCUUGAACUGGAGAAGGAGUUUCUCUUCAACCCUUACCUGACCCGCAAGAGAAGAAUCGAGGUGUCCCACGCCCUGAGCCUCACCGAGCGGCAGGUGAAGAUUUGGUUUCAGAACAGGAGGAUGAAGUGGAAAAAAGAGAACAACAAAGACAAGUUUCCGGGUCAGAGAGGAGAGGCCGAAGCCGAGGCCGAGGCCGAGGAGGAGGGCAACGAGGACGGUGAAGGGGAAGAGGCAGAAGAGAAAGAAGCGGAAGAGAAAGAGGAGACCAAGGAGUGAUUUUAUGGUCCUUUUUAUGGUUAUAUGGCUGAAAAAGAGAGAGAGAGAGAGAAAAGAGAGGUCCCAUAAACAGAGGAAGAGUCACAAGGAAGCAGAGAGCGUCAACUUUAUGACCACUCUUUCAUUUCGUCAAGAGGGAACAGGAAUCCCUCCAAUGUUGCUGUCAUAAAUAGACAAAAUUCUCCCCUCUCACCAUUACCCUGACAUGAUUUGGAUUUUUUUUAUUAUUAUUAUUAUUUCUGUUUGUUCAGUAGAAAAAGCUACACACGCCCUGUGACUGAUUUUUUUCUUUCAUAGAUCUGUCGCCCCUUGCAACUACAAAAACAAGAAGUACAAAAAAGAAAAAAAAAUGGGGGGAGGUUAGAUUAAAUAAAAACGCAUGUUAGAUGGAAAAUGGCUUAGCUCUUUUUGUACCAAUUUGCUUUGAAUAGUCUCAGAAGCAUAGCCAAACAAGAUCAGAAACAUGACCAACGCCGACCUGUGUGUGUGUGUGUGUGUAAAUAGAUUAUAGCCUACAUUUAAAAAGAAACAUUUCAGAGUAGCCUUUUUUUUUUCUUCUUCUUCUCUCCAAAAUUGUACGCGAAGAUGUAGGCCUAUAACUUAAGUAGUACGUGUUGAGACGUCAUCGCAGCAGUCACAUAAGGCUUGGAACGGGCCCGUGUUGUAAAAAAAAAAAAAACUAAAAAAAAAAAAAAAGAAAGAAAAAAAACCCACACAAGUUUUAUUAUUAUAAUUGUUACUGUUACUGUUUUACUCGUUUUCACGUGGAUGGCCACUCUGAUGGCCAUUUAGCUCCUCAGACAUCUUUUUUCUAGGAUUACCAGGGAAAUGCAAUCGUUUGAAAUCCUUUGAUGCUACCUAAAAAAAAAAAAAAAAAACAACCUGGGGAAAUUGCAAUAGAGAUUUCUGAAUAUAGAGAUUUCAUAUGGUUUUAAUUUUUUGAAAGAAAAAAAGUAAUAAAGUGUUCUAUAUCAUCCUUAUAUUAUUAAGUUAUGUAUGUAGCAUUUACCCGAUAUACAAUAUACACUUGUUGAAGACAAUUUGUGAGUCUUGGGAAGACGUAUUAGCUCAAAGCCAAGCAGACAAGUUUUUUUCUUUUUUUUUCUUUUUUCUUUUUUCUUUUGAGAUUGUACCACGGCACUACCUAAACUCAGAGCCUUGCCUUUUGUCGCUCAAUUUAUAUUCCUCACUUGUGGCAUCGCUCUGAAUUGAUCGCAAGCUAUUUUAUUCCCCUCCCAACAACUAAAAACUGCCUAUAACGCACAUUUUACUGUGUAACGAUGAUACCUGCUACAAUUACGAUUUUGAAAAAGUAAGGGAAUUUUUAUUUUAAAUGUGCUGGUGAUAAUAGCGUAGUUGUUUUGCACUGAAUAUAAUCUUUAUGUACGUCUUGUUAUAUAUUGAUGUUAACAAAUAUGCUCGUUUCCUGAUGUUUCUCCUGUGAAAGACGGAAUUUGUGUGUCCCCCCUCCUCCUCCUCCCCUCAUCCCCUCAUCUCCUCAUCCCCGCCAUUGUUGAUGUAAAAUCACCAAUAAACAAGAUGGCUCACAAUCA